AUGGCAGAGUCCAGUCAGCAGGGCCAGGAGAAUGGCCAGGAGCGAAUCAGCGGCGUUGAGCAGUGGGGUGAUUAUAUUGCAGCCAUGAAUGCUUUCAAAGCCAUUGCGAGUAACAUUUACAGGCCACCACACAAGUCAAAGGCCCUCGCAUCAGCUACCAACAUAGCAGUUCCUCGCCCCAGCAAAAUUGCUGUUCCAGCCCUAGCUCCAACUGAAGCUCCAGUUCGGACUUUAAGUGCCCCGGCGGAGGCAGAACCUUCACUUCACGUUUCGUCAAACGCGAGCAGAGCCGUUACCACUAGCAACGAAGCAUUCAGUGAUCAAGAAGAUUCUGGCGCGUCCAGUUUAGCUGCCAUCAGUCCGUCUGAGGGAAUGACACCACGUCUAUCUUCCGCUGCAACCGCCAAAGAUACAUCUUCCGUGAUGAUGGAGGGAGAGCGAGCUGAAGCAAGCCAAACACCUGCCGGUGACAGCAACAAGGCACAGAAUUCUCAGUUAACCGGUGAGUACUUGCUCUGGAACAUAAACGUGCCUCGUGAGCCUCAACUGAAAUUUCACUGUAACCGAGCAGGAGGCUCUGAUGGUUCGGAUGAGGUGGUGUUUCGACAAGACGAACUGCGAAUGGUCGGGCCCAACAUUCCAUACGGCUUUCGUAAAAACGAAACUCUGAAGGGUCCUAAGUCUGUUGGCCAGAUCAAGAUGAACUAUCCUCAGGGGCAGGAGAAUAAUGAUAACCAUCCUCCUCAUAGACGCCGUCCUAGCCGUGGACGUAACUACAGGAAGCACAACGCUCCGGCAAGGUCAACCCAUAAGCAAGGUUCGGAAACUAAUGGCGUUGUUUUGAAGGCCCCGGUCGCCGCCAUCGACCGUAUCAAGGAGGCUGCGAAGGCGGAGUUGCUUGAAUUUCAGAAAAAGGAAAUGGAGCGAUACGGAAAGAAAGUGAUGGGACUCUUGCCAGAAGAGUCUCCAGAAUCCAUCGCAUUGAGUCUCGCCCGCCAAGGCCCUGGGGUAGACCCAGAUUCCAUAUUCUGCAAACAGCAUCCGUUAUACCUCCUGACCGAUUUGGCAGAGAGCCUGAAGGCCAAGACUGACGAGGCUCAGGGUAGGCUUGAAAGAGGAGAUGCUCGUUCAACUGACGACGAUCAGCAAUCCGGCCCCGCUAUGAAUGAAUGGGCCCUUGGAAAUACAGCUGGCGCUGUUGCAGUGGACUGGCAAUAUCGUCCAUGGGAAAAAUACGGCGACGAGUUCUUUGCUCAGAAAUUCCGUAAUUGGUUGGACAAGACUAUGAGAGUUGGUUUCAUCGUGGACAUGACCCAGGAAGAUUUUAGGAACGGAGAAUAUCAUGCUAACCUUGAUACCGGAAUGAGCCCUUCAACAUUUGUCUGCCCUGAAACUUUGAGAGAUAUUUCCGACCCUGAGACCUUGAAGCACGCUCACGAAACGGCAAUUGGUUAUGUUCAUAACUGGAAUCUCAGAAUCCGUCAAGAGGAAGAGCGCAAAGAAGCAGAGCAGCAGCAAAGAAAACUCCUGGCCAUUAUGCCAAAGUCGGACUCCGCUUUCAAUGAACCUAAACCAUUGGAGCCGAAGCUCAACAUGUAUAUCCGUCCAGUCGAGCCAAAGGAUAUCAAUGCCCUUGUUGAGAUUUUCAACUGGUAUGUGAAAAACACGGUACGCCGAGCUGAUACGGAAGAGAUAUCCUUUGAUGAAAUGAGAGAGCACAUCGAGGCACUUCAGCACGACAACUACCCUUUCAUUGUUGCUGUGCAGAGACAUCCUCGAGCCUGGCAUGCCAUGAACCACGAAGCGGAAAUGUUGUACGGUUUCUGCUCCCUGGGGAUGGUCCUGUUUGUCUCCUUGCUCAGGUUGUCCAUUGGCCUGCUGUCGGCCCUUGACAUCCUUCCGCCUUAUUACCUUCGCAAAGACGACCCCGGAGAGCUGCUCGAGAUCUGUGAUCCUAAAUACAGUGCUCGAGGAGGGUACAUCUUUGACUGUUCCUCUCGGGGUAAGGAUGUGUACACUUGUGGGCUGUCUCGUCCGGCUAUGAGGCUCUGCGCAGUCGUCCACCACUCGGACGAGGAGUUUGCAGAGUAUACUUGGGUCAAGGAAUGGCUCGGCAAGAAGUUCAGUUUCGAAGAACAGGGUUACCUUAGAGGAUUCGGUGUCAACAAAAAGGCCCUCGUCAACGCUGGCUACAUGGUGUACAGCACUGGCAUCGACAUCCCAGAGAGCGAAUAG